AUGCUCCGCAUCUUCUCAGGGUCCAGAUCACACUGUCGGGGUGAUGCUCAACAUCUCUCAGAGCUGAGGAUUGUGUUAAUGGGGUAUAGAGCUGCUGGUAAGAGUUCAGCAGGAAACACUAUCCUGGGCAGAGAGGAGUUUGACUUGAAGACAUCUGUUCAGUGUGUGAGGAGACAUGGAGAAGUAGCAGACAGACACAUCACUGUCAUUGAAGCUCCAGGAUGGUGGACGAAUUACACUGUAGAGUACUGUCCUGAGUUACUGAAACAGGAGAUUUUGCACAGUGUGUCUCUGUGUCCUCCAGGACCACACGCUGUACUACUGAUCAUACCUGUGGACUACAUAUUAAAAGAGACUGUGAGAAAAGCAGUGCAGGGGCAUCUGGAUCUUCUCGGUGAGAGAGUCUGGAGUCACACUAUAGUGCUGUUCACCUUUGGAGACUAUCUGUUAGACACAUCUAUAGAGCAGCACAUUGAGAGUGAAGGGCAGGAUCUCCAGUGGCUGCUGGACAAAUGUGGGAACAGGUAUCAUGUUCUCAACAAUCAGAACAGGAGUGACCACACUCAGAUCAAGGAGCUGCUGGAGAAGAUUGAGGAGACAGUGGCACAAAACAACGGCUGCCAUUUGGAAAUAGACAGAAAAAUCUUAGAGAUUAAAGAGAGAAGAAGAGCAGCAGAAGAGAGAGCAAAAGAACGAAUGAAGAGGAUGAAAAAACAAAAAGAUGACAUCAGAUCACAGAUGAGUGAUGCCCAACAUCUCUCAGAGCUGAGGAUUGUGUUAAUGGGGUAUAAACGUUCUGGUAAGAGUUCAACAGGAAACACCAUCCUGGGCAGAGAGGAGUUUGACUUGAAGACAUCUGCUCAGUGUGUGAGGAGACAUGGAGAAGUAGCAGACAGACACAUCACUGUCAUUGAAGCUCCAGGAUGGUGGAGGAGUUACACUGUAGAGAACAGUCCUGAGUUACUGAAACAGGAGAUUUUGCUCAGUGUGUCUCUGCUGGAGAAGAUUGAGGAGACAGUGGCACAAAACAACGGCUGCCAUUUGGAAAUAUACAGAAAGAUUUUACAGGAGAUUGAUGAUAUAAAGAAAACAAAAGAGCGAAUGGACAAAUGGAGCGAGGACAUCAGAUCACAGACUAGGAUUGCAUUUCUUGUGAAGGAUACAUGUUCUGUCCUGCAGCAGCAUCUUCUUCUGGUUUACACUGGAAAGAUGCGUUUAGCACGGAACCUGCUGCAGGAUGUGGUGAGGAGCUGGUAUGCACGUUUACCCUCCAUCGUACAGAACGCAGAGCAGCUGGUGACCAAUGCAGAGGAGUGUGCUGAAGCCUGCAGAGAGGGUGAAACUCAACAUCUCUCAGAGCUGAGGAUUGUGUUAAUGGGGUAUAGAGUUGCUGGUAAGAGUUCAGCAGGAAACACUAUCCUGGGCAGAGAGGAGUUUGACUUGAAGAUAUCUGCUCAGUGUGUGAGGAGACAUGGAGAAGUAGCAGACAGGCACAUCACUGUCAUUGAAGCUCCAGGAUGGUGGAGGAAUUACACUGUAGAGAACAGUCCUGAGUUACUGAAACAGGAGAUUCUGCUCAGUGUGUCUCUGUGUCCUCCAGGACCACACGCUGUACUACUGAUCAUACGUGUGGACUACAUGUUUAAAGAGACUGAGAGAAAAGUACUGCAGGGGUAUCUGGAUCUUCUCGGUGAGAGAGUCUGGAGUCACACUAUAGUGCUGUUCACUCAAGGAGACUCUCUGUCAGACACUUCUAUAGAGCAGUACAUUGAGAGUGAAGGGCAGGAUCUCCAGUGGCUGCUGGACAAAUGUGGGAACAGGUAUCAUGUUCUCAACAAUCAGAACAGGAGUGACCACACUCAGAUCAAGGAGCUGCUGGAGAAGAUUGAGGAGACAGUGGCACAAAACAACGGCUGUCAUUUUGAAAUAGACGGAAAGAUUUUACAAGAGAUGAAAGAGAGAAGAAGAGCAGAGGAAGAGAGAGCAAAAGAACGAAUGAAGAGGAUGAAAAAACAAAAAGACGACAUCAGAUCACAGAUGAGUGAUGCCCAACAUCUCUCAGAGCUGAGGAUUGUGUUAAUGGGGUAUAAAGAUGCUGGUAAGAGUUCAGCAGGAAACACUAUCCUGGGCAGAGAGGAGUUUGACUUGAAGAUAUCUGCUCAGUGUGUGAGGAGACAUGGAGAAGUAGCAGACAGGCACAUCACUGUCAUUGAAGCUCCAGGAUG